UUUUAUGAACCUGUGUCCUAACCGAACCUUUACCAACUAUUAAAAAAGUUUAUAUCAACAAUUUUUUCUUCCAAAUCAUUAUAUUUUAUAACAAAUUGAAUGGUAUACUGUUUCUUUCAAGAAUAUAUAAUUAUUCCAAUUGUUAUUUAAUACGGCCUGUUUUGAUACACAGAUCUACAUACCGCACUAACAUAUAGUGAGUGUUUUUCUGGGUUCUUCACAUAACUUCGAAGUUUGAACAUAGCCGUGGCCAACGCAGAGAUCCACAUCGGGUAAUAAGUUAUGAAUAUCUCUGGAUUGCCUGUUGGCUCCAUACGUGAAAUUUCCAGGUACUUCACGUGAACCUUGAAGUUUGAACACAGCGGUAACCAACGCAGAGAUCCAUGUCGGGUAAUAAGCUAUGCAUAUCCCUGUGCAUAUCUCUGGAUUGCCUAUCGGCCCUAUAUAUAAAAGUAAGAAUAUCGGAUCCACAUUACAAUUUACAAAUGGUAAGACUCAACUUCUGCUAGCCAAUAACCCAGCUGCACGAUAUGUUGUGGAAUGAACCACUAAUCUUUUCUCUUAUCUGAACCGAGAAAUAAUGAUGUGCAGAAUUUCAAACAAUAGUCCAGUCGAAUUAGUCAUCAAUUCUAUUGUGGCUAACCGAAUUUUUUCUAAGUCUAUUAGACCACCAGAUAUAUAACUUCAAAAAUGUUGCAUUUUUUUAGCGGGUUUGGCUGCAACAAUUGUUAAAAAAUGAAAAACCUACAUUUCUCAGAAUAAUUUUUUUCUGUAGGUUUUUCGCAAACAGUCUUCGUAUGGAAAUUGCUCGUCAUGAAACGUUCUAAAUCAUGAGCCCAAGCGCAAAAUUUCAUCACAAUUAGUUUACCUGUACAUUGCAACCGACCACGGAAAUAAAUUUUUCGACCUUGUUGAAUAGAUUAAUGAAUAAUUGACUUGUGGCGUUGGAACUGAUGGGGCAGUAACUUCAAAUUUCCCUCAGAGAAUAGUCCAAGAUUCGCUCUCCUAUAUCAUAUAGUUGAGCAACAAUACGCGACGAAGCAAGAUCCGGAGAUUAACUAUGAAAUUUGAGCACGGAUGGCCAUAUGGUACAUUUAAAAUUUUUUUGCUCUUAAACAAGUAGAGAUAUCUCUGAUAAUUGAACGUAUUAUCGAAUGGAUCUUGAUAAGUUCUUGUUGUUCUCUCUUUACCGAGUAUUUUAAAAAAAUAAAACCUCGAUAUCGGAUUAGAACCGGAGAUAACAGUGUCUCGGAUUUUGGGUGGCAUUUAUUGCUGUAAUUGAUAUCAAGUAUCGAAAAAAAUACUAAAAUUCGUUAAAUACUCCAAGGAAUAGUCAUGACUUCUUUCGAAAUCGUCAGAGUAAUCUAAAAUCAUGAAAAAAAAUAUUAAACAGUGUCGACUACCUCAAGACGACAGAGUCGCGUGGUGGGGGCCGCGUAACGCGUCGCUCGGCCAUUUUUCUAACAAAUGAAUAUCUUCGUUGAUAAUGAUCGUAGAAAGAUAUUCUUUUCUACAAUCAACUAAGUACAUACUAAAAUUUUCAUUCUGUCAAAAAAGCUCACUAUCGGUCUGGCUAAAAAUACAAGUGAUAUAUAAGUACGUAGGAGUUUUUUUUUUAAAGAAAAGUUGAAAUGUUAUACUUGGGAAAAAAUGAAGAUUUUUAGCCGAAAAAUAAUCAGAAAAUUGUUUAUAAAAAUAAAAGUUUACAUUCAAUAAAAAACCGGCUAGAUGCUUCCACAGAAAAUAUAAUUGCAAAGCAAUUGCAAAUUUUAAUUCGAUCCAUGUAAAGGUGUUCAAGUAAUCUGUCUUCCCAGUUUAAAAAAACUGGUUUCGAUCACUUAAAUCCUUGUAAUUUUAUUUUUCGAAACCAAGAAUUUAAAAAAGAAAAUUUCACUGUCAGACCAACUGGGCAUAGUUUUUAUGACCCUAAAAUAUUGUAAAAUCGAAUUCUCUGAAACCCUGGAGUGGUGUUACCCCUUAAGUAAACGGUCGAGCGUCUUCCGGGUUCUAUAUCUCUCCAUUAGAUGCCUCCAGUUUGAUUAUUCGACACACCACCUUACCUUUCACGGUUGGAUCGGGUCAGUUUGUGUUAGUUAUCUCAAAAAUAAUCAGCUAAACCAGUUCCGUGUCUUAACCUAUUUGAUCAACCGUCCCAGAUUUCACUUCCUAUUAAAUAUAAUACACAAAACGUGAACAAACACGUGCGAUGUUAUCGCCACUGUUAUUCGGUGCCUCAUAAUACAGAUCGAAUAACAACGUUACUCGUCAUUUACCAGCUGAAUAAUGGCAACUGGUAAACGUCGACCCCUUCACCCAUCCUCUGGCGGAGCGGGUGCCUCGUCAUCGGGAAAUUUGAGAUCAAGUCAUUUGAACUUUCGACCAAAUAUGAAUACCGAAGACCGAGGCGGUACGCGACCGACGUCGACUCCACCAUCCGUGGGCUUGGUCCUGGUGACGAUGUUGAUACAUGUCUGUAAAAAAUGGUUAUUAUUCGACGUUCGUCUACGCAUAGCUAUCUACUGUAGCGCGUUAUUCGUGGUAUCUAUAGUUGCGGAUUUUUUACCUAUUCCUCGUACUUACUUUUCAAAAACAGACACCUUCCUGAAUCAAGUAUUCGUAAAGUGGUCAUGGGGCUGGCUGCUCUCUUUCAUAAUUCCCUGGAUCACUUUAACGUCUUACACAUUGGGCUGUGGACGACGUGUAAUCGUCGCUAAACACCUUGCUAGAGUAGCUGUGGCAACGUUUGCAUGGUGGGCUUGGACAGCUACGUUUCGGCAGCUAGAAAAUCAAUUUGGUCGUUGUUUAAAUACCAGAGAUCCUUUGCUGCAGACAAAACCGGCGUGUUUGCUUGCUGGAAGAUUCUGGAGUGGAUUGGAUGUUAGUGGUCAUGCUUUUAUCCUGAUAUAUGCAAGCCUCAUCCUCUCAGAAGAAGCGUCCGCUUUUGUUGGUUGGGAAGGUAUUAAAGACCUCGUGGUACGUGAAGAACACACCCGGAUAACUAUGGGAGAUGCAACGUCUCGUCCACUGCGAAAUCUAUCCAUGACCGACUUGGGGUUUUUGAAACAGACGCAUCAGGCUCUCACUCCAUACCUAAGAGGUCUCUUUGUCGGGAUGACGAUUCAGCAACUUCUCUGGGACCUGAUGCUCGCAACGACUAUCUUGUAUUUCCACACAAUGGUAGAAAAGUUUUCUGGAGGUCUGCUGGCUAUCCUCACUUGGUACAUCACAUACCGCUGGUGGUACAAACUUCCGAAAUUGAGGAUUUCUCCGCCUUCCGAUGGCUUAUUCAAAUACAAUGAAGCAAAACCCUCCAAGGAAGCUGGAUCAACUAGGGUUAGACGUAAUACACUUAAUGGAAGUGGUCCCAGAUUUAUGGGAAUGCCUUUGAGGACUGGGCAAGAAGGUGCCGAAAAUUUGAAUCAAACUAGAGCUGCUGAAUCUGAGCAAAGCAUGUCCAGGGAUUGAGUAUUUGAAAAGAAACUCGCGAGUUUUUUCGGUGUAAGUAAAUAGGUAUUCCGGAUCUCCGUUAGUACCUUUACCUGGAUUGUUGCCUUAUUAUAUCGAUUAUUGAAUUUAAAUAAUUUCUUGUAAUAUAUUGACCUACUUCUAUGGUUUUCUCGGUCAUGUGGUUUUUACGGACUAGUUUUACAAUCUGACUAUCAUGUAUUUGUGUAGGGUUUAGAGUGGGGUAAUUGGUUGUAGGAAUAUAUUGAGUGGUAAUGAUAACUAUUAUAACACUUGCUAGCUCAAUAUUUGUAAUUUGAUGGUUUCUGCCGUAAUUUGAAAAAUCAUUUAUACUUUUGACUUUGUGCCCCCUGCGAUUUUCUCAAUCAGCUGGACCCAGAUUUCUGCUAUAAUUGAUAACAAUCCAUGCUAAUUAGUGAUAUAAAACAAUUAACAGUGUUGUUACACUGUGAUGAGGAUGUAUUCUCUAAGUCUAACGGUCUCUCUUUGAUAAUGAAUUUAUUUUAUCAAAUUA